UAUGGCGACCGUACAACAAACGAACACGCUCAUUAACUGUUAUUUUUACUGUGUUAAAUGACAGACUACAUGUAAACAGAUCCCGAGGAGGGGGUUGUCGUGAUUGGACCGUGUGCGCGCGGGUUAAAAGCGCAGUGGUGACGCACAGAGGAGGCUGUAUCCCUCGGGACUCGGAACUUUCUCUCUCGUGCGCUGUUUUCCAUUUGGACGCGAGGCACAGAUAAAACUAUUGUCCAUUCAGAAACCCGUGGCGUAUAAAUCCUGCUCAACUUUGGCUGCGAGUUAUUUCACCUGACAGAUCAAACUCGGGACACAACGCAACUGCGCGCACAGAGAGAGAGAGAGAGAGAAGUGCCUCUACAGCGGCUACAAGACCGCAUCCCAAACCACUGCAACACAGGAACAAUGAAGAUGCUCCUGCCUUUGGUCGCCCUACAGCUGCUCCUGGCUCUGGUGCACUCGGCUCCUGGAGGAGACUCGUGGGAUGCCUGGGGCCCUUUCGGAGAGUGCAGUCGGAGCUGUGGCAGUGGAGUCACCAUGAGGACCAGACGCUGCAUCACACACAGAACUGAUGGAGGUCACAACUGUGUAGGACCUGAGAAGUCGUAUCGCUCUUGCAACAUUCAGGACUGUCCCGAGGGCUCCAGGGAUUUCCGUGAAGAACAGUGCUCCCAGUUUGACGGCACAGACUUCCAGGGCAAACGUUACAAGUGGCUGCCUUACUAUGGAGCUGAGAACCCAUGUGAGCUAAACUGUAUGCCUCGAGGAGAGAACUUUUAUUACCGCCAUCGCAGUGCAGUGGUGGAUGGGACACCCUGCCACCCUGGACGCAACGACAUAUGUGUGGGCGGAGUUUGCAAGCGUCUUGGUUGUGACAAUAUGCUGGAGUCCUCUCAGCAGGAGGACCCCUGUCUGCAGUGUGGGGGCAACGGCCAAACCUGUCGCCAAGUCAAAAGCACCUUCUCCACACGGGACCUGCCAAAUGGCUACAACCAGAUGUUCAUUAUUCCCGUUGGCGCAACCACCAUCAGCAUCAGAGAAUCAGUGGCCACUCGUAACUACCUGGCUAUCAAGAACCUGAGGGGUGAAUACUACCUCAAUGGACACUGGGUAAUUGAGUUCUCCAGAGCCACGCCCAUUGCUGGGACCGUCCUGUACUACCAGAGAGGCGCAGAGGGUGACAACGUGCCAGAAACUAUUAUUGGUCGUGGUCCCACCACAGAGCCUCUUGUGGUUGAGUUGAUUAGCCAAGAGCCAAACCAAGGAGUCGACUAUGAGUUUUACCUUCCCAUUGGACGCUCCACUCAGGGAUACUAUUGGAGUUUUGGGUCCUGGUCGACCUGCAGCAAAGACUGUGGAUCAGGUUACCAGACCCGUUCAGUGUUCUGCACCAUUGAUCAAGAGGUGUACCCUGACUACCUUUGUGCCUCUUUGACUCGGCCACAGAGCAAUAGAACCUGCAACCCCCAGGAGUGCCCACAAGUCCAUAGCUGGAAGACAGGUGAGUGGAACACCUGCUCGGUCACUUGUGGAGGUGGGUCUCAGGUGCGGACCGUGCAGUGCAUUACCCAAGAUGCAUCAGGGCCCCGUGUGGUAGAGGACGCUGUGUGUGCUGCUUACUCAGAGGCGCCUCCUACAUUGCAAACCUGCAACAUGCAGCAGUGUGCCAGCUACCGCGCAAGCAGGUGGAGUCCGUGCUCUGCCACCUGUGGGUCUGGAGAGCAGACUCGUGAAGUGACGUGUAUUGGGUCUGGGGGCAUGAGACUGGAGGAGACGGCCUGUGCCACGCUGCUGAGACCACCCUCCAUCAGAGCGUGUUCUGCUGCCCCCUGUGCCCGGGAGGUCAGCUGGCAUGUCGGAGCAUGGACACUGUGCUCGAGGAGUUGUGGUUCAGGAUCCCGGGAGCGACAGGUGAUCUGCUCGGACCGGGAGAGACACCUGUAUCCUGUGGGACAGUGCAGCGCACAGCCCAAACCCGCCACCGUGGAGCGCUGUAACACCCAGCCCUGCUACAGUCCACAGAGUGUCCCCAGUAUUCAGGACCCACGUGGACACGACAGCACACAGACAAGCUUCCAGCCCUAUGUCCCAGAAUCAACAGGUCGGCGUACAGCCCUCACAAAUACAACCAACACAGUGGAUGAUCCUCAUAGCUCCGCCCCCGCCAUUCACUGCAGCCAGUCACGUUACGGCUGCUGUCCUGAUGGUCGUACCUCUGCCGGCGGGCCACAGGGACUGGGCUGUCCACAGAUCCAAACCUCUACUACACCCCAGGAGUCCUGUGUCCAGACGAGUUAUGGAUGCUGCCAGGAUGGAGUGACGACAGCUUUGGGCCCAAACAGAGAAGGCUGCUCGGAGCAUGUGGCCCCAGCGCCCACUGCUGCACCCACUCUCCCGACUGAAAAUGCCAGACAGUGCCGACUGACCACCUACGGGUGCUGCUUUGACCGCACUUCAAUCGCAGCUGGACCCAAUGGAGAGGGAUGUCCCGACCCACCCAGCAACAUUGAGCGCUCCAUCUGCUCCUUGCCCCGUGCGGCCGGGUCCUGCUCGAGCUGGACACCACGUUACCACUACGAUGUCCUCACCUCUAAAUGCCAACACUUCUGGUUCGGAAGCUGCCACGGAAACAGCAACAACUUCAUGACUCGGGCUGAAUGCCAGAGAGCGUGUCCACUUCCUGCCCCCAGCCAACAGGGCCCUGCCCCAGCUACUAGCCCAAGAGAAACGCCCUCUAGAGGCACCUCCACACCCACACGCCCCGCUUCAGGAUCGGGCUCUGGCAGGGGCAGUUCUGGAGGUACAGGGGCAGGUGCAAGGGAUCGCAGCAUGGGCAGAGUGUUCACAGUACAGAAUGGUUCUUCCCCUGGGGGUAGGUACGGGACAAAUGCCGCCACUCAUGCCCACAGAGCCCGUCUCUCCAUGACGGCACGCCACACGCCUGAAGCUGCCGCACACACCGGCCCUGCUGCCAGUUUGAUCCUUGGCGGAGUGAGCAUUGAUAAGUCUGACCCAGACACAGUGGAGGCUCUGGUGGGGCAGAGGGUGGUCCUGCCCUGUAGAGUCAGCCCUCUGCCCUCGUCCACUGUUUCUGUGGAGUGGAGGAGAGACGGCCUCCCACUGUCCACCCACAGACACCACCAGCAGCCCAAUGGUUCCCUGCUGGUUGGACCUCUAAUGAAGUCAGACAAAGGGUGGUACCUGUGUGUGGCCACCAGAGAGCGAGAGAGAGACCACCGCUACAUUUACCUGUCUGUCUCUGAGGGAAACGUUCCUCUAGACCCCAGCUCACUCCCCAGCGACAGUCCCUCCCCAAAAUUUAGCAUUGAUCAGAGUGGUCUGUCUCUGCUGGACCUGAGAGAGGGACAAACUGCUCGCCUGACCUGCACUGUGCUGCCUCCUUCUGCGCUUCAAUCGGUCAAUAUUCAGUGGACCAAGGAUGGACACUCCCUCAUGGACUCAAGGUUUACUCAUGUGUCCGAUGGGACUCUGAUUGUGGGUCCCCUGAGAUCUGAGGACUCUGGCCUGUACACCUGCACCGUGUCCAGUCCCCAGCAGCUGGAGCAGAGGCAGAUACAGCUCAGAGUGCAAGCUGAUUUAAGGAUCACCACUGCUCCCAACAACAUUGAAGUGUCUGAAGGCAGCACAGCUCUUCUGCCUUGUGUGGUGUCUGGAGACAACGUCAGUAUACGCUGGUCCAGAAAUGGUGUCCCUGUGAGACCAGAUGGUUUUAGGCUUCUGGUCUCAUCUGAUGGGAGCUUGGUCAUAAACAAGGUGAAGCCCUCAGACGAAGGCACCUACACCUGUAACGCUUUCACCGGGAUCUACUCUGUGAGCGCCACCGCUGAGGUCAGAGUCAUCAAGGAGACAACACAAGAUAAUGAUGUUCCUGUGGAUUGUGUGGACCAGCCGGAGCUUGCUAACUGUCAGCUGAUUGUUUAUGCCAGACUCUGCUCCAACCUCUACUUCUCCAGUUUCUGCUGCGCCAGCUGCACCAAACAUCUGAGGAACGAGAGAUUUAAACGCUUUGGCUAGACACGAGGUCAGGUCAAAACUACAGCACAGAAAAGGAACGAGAAAAGAAUGUUUGAGCCACUUGGAGACUCUUAAAAACUUUUAUAAAGUGCGUCAAAAGGACUCAAGACUUCUUCUUCAAACAAUCUAUGAAUGUAACUUUAGUUGUUCAUUCACUGCUAGGCUUAACACUGAUACUGGAAAUAAGGUACAUUUCCACUUACUGACCUCAUAGUGUUAUUAAAGGCAGAUGAAUGUGAUGCAGAAAGGUUUAUUUCACUGGAUAUUGUUUCAUGUUCUCUGUUUUUAGAGAAAGUUAUUAUGUUACUACUGUACGGUCGUGUUUAGUAUGUUUCUUGAUAAAACUCAUUGUUAUCUUGUAAUAUAUGUGAUAUUAAAUACUUUAUUUUGAUUUAA